CAACAAACUCCUUGCCAUGUCAUCACUAAUGAACAAAAUUUAUAACUUGCUUUAUGAGACUGUUCAUGUUCUUCUUCAUCUUAGUUAUCUAUCGUCUUCAUCUUUCUCAGCUGGUUAUGGAUCCGGUAAUUAUUGUUUCCGGUACGUGGAUUAAAAAAAACAAAUAUGUAUUCAACGUCGACAGUAGAGGGUGUAAAUUUCUUCAUUUAGAUGAGAAAACAACACAUGAAGAUUUCGAAAAGUCUGUUCUCGAAGAUUACGGAUUGAAUGAUUUGAAGGAUCAUAUUCAGCUUAGCUACAUGUUCUCGAAUAAAGCAUUAAAAACGAUGGCGCACGACACUCCACCAGUUUACAUGUCCAAUACUCGGCAAUUGCAAGGUUUUCUAAGCCUGAAGAAAAUCGAAAGACUACGUCUCUGUGUGGAGAUUACGGAGAACAAAGCAAGCGAGAAGAGUAAAACAUUGUUGAGCUUUGGCUCAGAAGUAGAAGCAGAAGCUUCAGUAGUUGAGUCCAGAGACGAAAAUUACAGUGGGAGUUACGAUGGUUGCAGUCUGGAGAAGGAACAAGAGGAUAAUGAGAAUGACUGCUCUAGUAAUGUCGAAGGAGAAAAACAUGACGUAGUCGGAGAAGAUGAAAUAGGCAAAGAAAACGAAGAAGAUGAUGAAUUUGAAAGCCGAUUUGAUAUGUUCGACGAUUCAGACGGUGCGUCAUCUGAAUAUGAUAACUUCAGCUCAUAUGGUGAGUCUCCUACAGAUGACGAAGAUUCACCAACGCUACCUCCCAAGAAGAGAUAUCAGAACCUCUCGAUGAGCAGAUCUAAAGGGAAUCUGGAGGUUCUUAGUUUGGAGAUGUCGUCGAUAGACAUUGCGGUAGGUCAACGUUACGAUAGUAAAGACGAUUUGGAGAGACGACUGAAACUUCUUACAGUGAGGUAUAAAUUUGAUUUUGAUGUAGAAACAUCAACCCCGACAUCAUACGUUUUUAAGUGUUGGGUUGAUGGAUGUUUCUGGAGAGUUUGUGCUUCUACCCAAGAAGAAUCCAAGGCGUUUUUUGUUCGUAUUUACGAUUCGAAGCAUACAUGUUCCUGCACAGAGCGUUCUAAUCGAUCUCGACAAGCAACACCAGAUAUUUUAGGUAUGUUGUACAAGAACUUUCUCGGCGACGUUGGUCCGGCCGUUCGCCCUACGGGCGUCGGAAUAGCUAUCACUAAGCAGUUUGGUAUAAAGGUAAUUACUUUGUUGUGGCUAAGUUAUUUUCAACGUCACGGCUGAUUAAUGUCAAAUGUACAGGCUGACAUAAUCAUACAAUUCGGCUAGGUUACUAUAUAUUUAGAUGCGGCCGAGUUAUAGUAAAAUAGGGUUGAGUUAUUCAGUACGUUAUGGCUGUCUUAAUUAUUUGAUGUGGCUGAGUAAUGAGGAUCGUUUUUUUCAUGUGAACAGAUGGAUUAUUGGAAAUCACACCGGACGUUGAAAUUUGCAAGGGAAAUCGAUGAGGGAACACCUGAGUGUGGGUUUGAAAGCUUGCCUUCUUACUUAUACAUGAUAAGAAGGGCAAAUCGGUGUACAGUUACGCGUCUUCAAAUCGAUGAGCUUGGAAGAUUCAUGUAUGUGUUUCUUGUCUUUGGUGCGAGCGUUAGUGGGUUUCCUUUCAUGCGCAAAGUUGUUGUAGUCGACGGUACGUUUCUCAAUGGUAAAUACAAAGGGAGGCUACUCACAGCACUAGCUCAGGACGGUAACUUCCAGAUUUUUUCCAAUAGCCUUCGCAAUGGUUGACACAAAAAAAGAUGAUUCGUGGCAUUGGUUUUUUACGCAACUAAAACUUCUGAUUCCUGACGACGAGGGUCUUGCGAUAAUCUCGGACAGGCAUAACUCGAUAGGAAAAGCAAUUAGAAAUGUGUAUCCGUUGGCUGCUCGGGGAAUAUGCACCUACCAUUUAUAUAAGAACAUAUUGGGACGGUACAAAGGAAAAGAAGCAUUCCGUCUGGUGAAGAAAGCGGCAAGAUGUUUUAGGAUGUCUCACUUUACACCGAUUUUCGAGGAGAUUGAAGCGAUUCAUCCUGCACUCCACGGCUACCUCCAAAGAGCUGAUGUCCGCCUGUGGACGCGUGUUCAUUUGCCGGGCGAGAGGUACAAUUUGAUGACUACAAACAUAGCGGAAUCAAUGAACAGAGCAUUGUCACAUGCAAGAGGUCUAAACAUUGUUCGAAUAUUAAAAUCGAUACGGGUUAUGAUGACCAGAUGGUUUGCUGAACGGAGAGAGGAUGCCAGAUCGCAGCCAACGACGCUUACAUGUGGCGUCGAGAAACUACUACAUGUAAGUCAGUCGUAACAGUAAAAAUAAGUGCCAUUUCAUAAAAUUCUCAAGUCAGCCGUUUCAUAAAAUUCAUAAGACAGCCAUUAUAAUUAUUAAAUCAGCCAUAAUAUGUAAUAACUCAGUCGUUUCAUAUUUAUUAAUAGGGUCGUGUAACUGCCGCCAGAGAAUUGACGGUCCAAAGGAUUGAUGAUCAUCACACUGAAGUUAAAUAUGGAUCUUCUAGCGAGUCUUUGAAUGUUGUUAAUUUGGUAGAGCGAAAGUGCACAUGUCGGCGUUUCGAACGCGAGAAAUUACCAUGUGUACACGUAAUCGCAGCUGCGGAGUACAACAAUGUUUGUCGUAUAUCCCUGUGCAGUCCGUACUAUAACAGUGAAUAUUUGGUGAGCGCAUACGCUGAAUCUAUCAUGCCGGCUGACGAAGCAGAAAUCGUGGCAGACCAACCGUGCUUGCCCCCGUAUAUUCGUCAACAACCAGGAAGACCUAAGAAAAAUAGGAUGAAAUAUGCUUUAGAAGUUGCACUUCAAAACAAACGUCCUAGGAAAGAACACACAUGUUCUCGAUGUAGACAUAGUGGCCAUAAUGCGAAAACUUGUCAGAUUUAAGCAAGUGUUGUAUGGAUUUUCAUGUUUUUGAAUUACGGCUGGGUUUUUGUUUUCACUUAUAUAUAUUCAGCUGGAUUAGAGAUUUUCAUUUAUUUGAAUUACGGCUGGGUUCUUGUUUUCACUUAUAUAUUACAGCUGGAUUAGGGAUUUUCAUGUAUUUGAAUUACGGCUGGGUUCUUGUUUUCACUCAUAAUUCACGCCCAAAAUUCCAAACGUCGCGAAGUAAAUAACCGGCUUCUCUUAUAAAUAAGGCAUUUCUCGAACGGAUGUAUAUGUUCAUCUCUCUAUUUUUUACACAACUUCUCUCUCUAUCUAAAUGGAAUAUUUCCCUCUUCUUGAAUUGUCUGAAGAAAUUCAGGCGUUGGUGGUUGAACGUGUGGCCCGUAACUCCUUCCAAGAUCUCUAUGGCCUCAAAGCAUCGUCCAAGUCGAUGAAAGCGUUAGCAGAGUGGCGUGGUGUAUACUAUUUUUACGAUGUGUUAUCCGUUCCCUGGGAACUCAAUAUGCAUUCGCAGUUGUUGAAAUCUUGCUACACUGAGGGAAAUUUAAGCACACUUUAUAUAAAGGGUGUACAAUUCUACUUCACAUUCGGCCGUCACGAAGAAGGCAUUACUCUCAUGAAGCGUGCUGUGUAUACACACGCAAUUACUCAAGCAAUCUUUUUGUGUGAUGCACAGUAUUUUCACGGUAUUCCAAGAGAAUGGGUUCAGAGGAUAGGGAAACUAGUGCGAUCUGUGAAAUGGGGAUGGGGUUUGUGGCAUUCUGACGAGUUCCGCCAAAAUAGGGCGCUGUUCAUUUCAAAGUUUGUUAUGUCGUUCUACAGAUGCCAAUGUGCAACACAUGUGUAGCGACAAUGUCUCUGCUUGUGGCACCUUGAUACAACUAAGGAUGACAACAUGUGUGAGUGCUGUUUUUGUGGAUCAAAGAGGUUGGCUUGUUUUUUUGUGAUUUUAAACCGAUAAGCGUUAUCAGGGACACAAGAAAGUGGUGAAAAUGUAAUCUAUUGGUACCUUAUUAUUUUAAGUUCUGUGCUAUUUUUUUUUUAAGUUCAAAUGAAUGUAAUGAAGGCUUGGUUAUUGUUUCUUUUGGCUGAUUUAUUGUUCAAUUACGGCUGCAUUACUGUUUUAUCACGGAUGAUUUAUUAUGUAUUAAACACUUGAAAAAAAUAGGUUCAUUUACGUGCGUUGCAAAACGUUCAGAUUUCUUAGUUUACGUGCAGACAUGUAAAACGUCAAUUACAAACCAACAGAUGGAGUAAUAAUUAGCAUCGAUAUUCUCAUAUCGUUGGCUGAGUUAAAGUAAUAAUUAGCCUCGAUAUUUUAAACACGCGCCACCAUUAAUCGACAACUUAGUCAAAUCAAGCAAGUGGAAACGUCCCAUUAAUAAUGAAAGUGGGUGAGUGAUAAUGUUCGUUGUGGUAUAAACAAUGAUGAGUUAACUGAGUUUCUUUACACUUUACGGCUGAGUUACUUUACACUUUACAACUGAGUUACUUUAUACAUAACGGCCGAGUUACUUAACAACUGAGUUACUUUAUACAUAACGGCUGAGUUACUAUAAUACGUUAAGUCUGAGUUAUAUUAAUCGUAGGCUGACUUACAAAACAUUACUAGACAAAGUAGUAGUAGUAGCAAAGUAACGACAUUCCAACCCCACAAACAAACACAUUCCUCAAACACCGACCCUGACUCAUACAUUCUUCUCCUUUUCCCCCAGACGCCGUCUUCAUUACUUCAAUCUCUUUCUGCAACAGAGCAACGUUAACUCUGAAUUCCGAGAUGUCUUUGUUCAUGCCACUUAUCAGUGACUUAAUAUCAUCAACCUCUUCAACCAAACACUCAUCCGCCCAUUUGAAUAAAUGUCUCUGUUUCCACAAUAUAAUCAGAUCUAAGUACUACGUAACAGAACAUGCGAAAUAAAAACCAAAACGAACCUUAUUAUAUCCUUUUCCGCCGCAAUAAUACAAUCUUCCUGGAUUUGUAAAGGUUCCAGAUGUAGAAAUGUAACAGGGUUCACCACACCAACACUGUUUCGGCGUUUCUCUUUCCACGUUCGAACGGCGUCUGUAAGAAUUUCUUGAAACGGCCGAUAAAGAAGACAUUUUUAUUCUCAAAACAAUUUCAGAAACGAAACAGAAUAACAUGGAAUUAGGGUGAGAAAGACGACAUGAUGAAACAGCAUCGUUUCCACACGCGCCAUAAUUAAAAUAUUAUUUAAAUGUGUCGAUAUUGUAAAUUCCUCGACUACCCCGUCAGAGUGUUAAUAAUUAGCCUCGAUAUUAGGUUUGAGCCGUAUUUUCCACAGGCGCCAUAAUUAAUCGACAACUCAGUCCAAUCAAGCAAGUGGAAACGUCACAUUACAUUAGAAAUGUAUUAUAUUAACAUUCACAGCUGGGUUUUCCGUUUUACAAUGGCUAAAUUAUGAUUAAUUUAUUUACGGCUGAGUUUCGGUCACUUAUUGCUGGGUUUAUCGUAAACUAAAAUUCACAACUGAGUUACCUUAUACGUUUUGGCUGAGUUAUUAUAAAGAUACGGCUGAAUUAAACAAACACAUUAUGACUAGGUUAUAGGACUUAAUAUACAAGAAAUACGAAUUCGACAUGUUUACAUUCAGGAACCGAAAUUAGCAGAUUCUCAAAACAAUAUUAGAAACGAAAUGGAAUUACAUGGAAUUAGGGUGAGAAAGACGACAUGAUGAAACGGCAUCGUUUCCACACGCGCCAUAAUUAAAUUAUAUUUAAAUGUGUCGGUAUUGUAAAUCUCUCGACACAUGCGUCAGAGAGUGUUAAUAAUUAGCCUCGAUAUUAGGUUUGAGCCAUAUUUUCCACAUGCGCCAUAAUUAAUCGACAACUCAGUCCAAUCAAGCAAGUGGAAACGUCACAUUAGAAAUUUAUUAUAUUAACAUUCACAGCUGGGUUUUUCCGUUUUACAAUGGCUGAAUUAUGAUUAAUUUAUUUACGGCUGAGUUUCGGUCACUUAUGGCUGGGUUUAUUGUAAACUAACAUUCACAACUGAGUUACAUUAUACGUUUUGGCUGAGUUAUUAUAAAUACGGCUGAAUUAAACAAACACAUUAUGACUGGGUUAUAGUACUUAAUAUACAAGAAAUAUGAAUUCGACAUGUUUACAUUCAGGAACCGAAAUUAGCAGAUUUAAAAUACAUACAAGGCAUCACUUUCAGAAACCAAAAUUGUCAGGACCAAACUCUUCAAAUAUGUGGAAGAGAUCACACCAGACUCUUGUUAACAUCCACGGAGGCUUGUCGCCUCCGAUUGCCCAAGUUCUCUUCAAAUAGUGCAUCUGGCAACGAAAUAUCGUUCUGGCCACAAGAUUAAAAUGUGUCCAAACUGUCAAAUUAUGCCUUCGAAUCCACGUGUUUCUUACAGCGAGUUGAAGAAACCAGCGUUCCUUAAAAUGAUCGGAAUUGCGCGGUAUGUCGGCCAAUCAUGAACCAAGCAUUCUGCAAGAAUCGACGGGAUGACGAGAGAGAGAUCACUUAAAAAUUUGAACCAGAUAGUACUUGUUGUGUCAAGUAAUUCACCCGGACCAGGGUAUAGAAGAGGGAGGUUUUCACGAUUUGCAGAGCUUAGUAUCGCAUUGACACUGUUCUCUAACAUCGUCAAAUAACCAGGAACAAUCGGCAUAACUUUUGACGGGGAUAGAGAGUUUUUGUUUAGUUUUUUUUUAGAGAGAGAAAGUUGUAAGAGAGGAGACAAUAUAUAGAGAGGUACAUAACGUCAAACGUCUCGAGUUAAAAUUUCCCAAGAAACAGUUAUCUUUUUCCCGCCAAACGUCAGGAUGAAGUUACACUUUACGGCUGUGUUACAUACCACAUUUACGGCUGACUUAGUAAAUGGGUUUAGGGUUUAGGGUUGCUUAUUUAGGGUUUCGGUUUGCUUUUUGGGGUGUUUAAGUUUGGGAUUUGGAUUUUAUGGUGCAAGAAUAGUUAUAAAAACACAAAUUCAUGAUAAAUAACACAAUAAUAGUUUAUUAGUUUUGAAUUAUGCUCACAUCUCAUAUGUAUCAGUUAAGUUUAUGAGUAAUUGUAAGACAACAUAUACCUCAAGAUCAUGAUUGAUUCUAAACUCGUAUAGAUUCAAUAAAGAAGACACAUUCAGUUGAUUAUAUAUUCAAUUCAGAUAUAUAAUUGGAGUUUCAAUUUAACAUUUUAAAGUAUAAACAUUUUUUUUUGAUUAAUGGGUAUGUUUGAGGUAUGCUUGAGUUAUCAUAUCUUUUUAUAUAUCUAUGUUACGAUUAUAGGGUAUGUUUUGGGUAAGGCUGAGUUACGUAUAUACGACACGGCAGGGUUAUAAAAACGCUAAGACUGAGUCAAAUUUUAUAAUAACAACAUAAGUCAAGUAAAAAAUAACAACAUAAGUUCAUCAUAAAACAACAACAACAAAAGUUAAGUACACCAAGCGCUAGACAUUUGAAUAUUUCCUCCUUCAGCGAGGAUAUCUGCUGCCAUCUUCAUCCGUAAACCUUGAAUAUUUUGAUCGUUUAUCCCAUCAAACGUUACACCAAGCGCUAGACACUCCACAAACUUCAACGAAUACACCCCACAAUCGCCAAUCUGGGUGUUUUGUGGAGUGUAUUUUUUGCUCCUCCUUCUGAAUGAGAACUUCUUCCUGCUAAUGGGUCUGAUAUUGGCAGGAAUAUGUACACUCAACAUAGCGGGAAUCAUGUGCGUCAGCGGUUUAAAUGAAUUCAGAAUUCUCUGCUGAAUUUCGGGUGUUACCUCACCAAAGAUUGGAUCGUAGCAAUCAAUCUUCUCCUUCUUCAGAUCCACGUGAUACGUAACCCAGUGAUUUCUGCCGGUUUGAAGAUAUCCGUACAAGUGAUCCACAUCAUCAUACCACCUCAAGUUUGUUCGACAAUGAUUGGGAAUCCUACCAUUUAUCAUAACUUCAUAACCAUUGCCUUUGAACAUGAACAUUGUGGGUUUCAUCUUGAACUGACCGUAAUCGUGAAUCAAAGAACUUUGCCACCAACCGUCAACGAAGGCAAUCCGCUUGGACCAAAAUGGAGUGGGCUCUCGCAUGGACCUUUUAAUGAGGACGUUCAUAUACGCCACAAUAUGCUACAUAAAUAAUAUGAACAAGUCAGUCGUAAUCAAAUAUAUAACUCAGCCGUUAUAUAAUAAAAGAAUAUAUAACUCAGCGUUAUAUAAUAAAAUAAUAUAUAACUCAGCCGUAAAAAUUAGAUAACACAGCCUUAAUAAAAUAAAAUAAUAUAUAACUCAGCCAUUAUAAAGACUUACAUUAUCAAACACCCAUCCAUACUCAGUCUCCGGCCACGGUCUCUCAUGGAUGAGUAUGCUGUAGAAGUCACUUUCAUGAUCAGCUGUUAGUACUUCUUUUUUACCUGGUGGUGCUGGUGGUUUGGGUGGAAUUGCCUUGAUGUGUUGCAUAAGUUUCUCCAAUAGCGCCGGAUAAUCAGGUGCUAGAGGGUCAUAUAUUGCUGAUGAAGGAGUAACAUUCUUCCUCAUACACGUCGUUCCAUCAUGUCCUACCGUCGGAAAAUCAAAUGAUGAAGAAACUGCCGUCGUUGACAACCCUUUUGAAGUUAACUGAACAUAUUUCUCCCAGAAUUCCUUAAUUAUGGCAGAUCUAACCAAUUCAGAAUUCUCGACAUCAGACUCCGGCGCGAAUUCGUUCUGUUCUACAACAACUUCAUCAGUUAUAUCAGCCAAUGAACUAUCCUCUACAUCAGGUUGUACAUUGCAUCUUGUUACACCGUCACGCGGUGGAGUCACCUUUUUGUACUUUGACCUAGCCUGGCUUUGCUUCUUUAGCUCAGCCACUUUUUUCUUAGCCUCAGCCACUUUUUUCUUAGCUGCGGCCACUGUUUUCUUAGCUUCAGCCUCUUUUUUCUUUUCCUCAGCAGCUUUUUUCUUAGCCUCAGCCUUCUCCUUCCUCUUAAACGCAGCAUCUGCCUGCGCUGUUUUUUUCUUCUCAUCGGCUUCCUCACCCUUAACAAUACGCGUGCGCCUGCAGCCGCGUCCAUAGGCUGGAUCCUUAGCAGCCUUAUCAUCCUUAGUAGACUUAUCAUCCUUAGUAGCCUAUGCAGGAGAAAUUACUAGGAAAUCAAGAGGCCGCAUAUCAAUAUCUUUAUCGACACUACCAAACUCCUCAUCCAAAUCCCUUUUCACCCCUGAUUCCUUUUCAAGCUCCUUGGCCAAAUUCUUUUUCGGUCGAGGAGCCGCAUCUACUAACGCUGGACUAUUGACAGACUUCUGAUGCGUUCGAACCACCGGUGAUGCCUUCGAUAAUGGUGGAGAGGGGUUUGAUAAUGGUGGAGAGGGGUUAUCAUGGUUUUCGGGAAUUUUCCUAAUCCCCAGAUCUUUCAGACGCUCCUCCAGUAAAGCAUUCACCCUGUCAUCAAUGGUCUUUUGGUCCAUCAAUGGUAUGUUCCGGUCUAACUCGUAAGCUUCCAACCGUGAGUCAACAUGAUCAAAUUUUCUGGAAAUAAUAUCCAGAGUAUUCACAAUGGUCGUUAGAGUCGUUUUGUUCUCCAACUCCAACUCUUUGCUACCUUCCUUCUCGCUAGAACCCUUUCCCGCUGCAUCAGCUUCAGACUCAUUUCCCGCUGCAUCAGCUUCAGACUCAUUCUGUGUCUUAACUUUCUUCUGCUUCUUAGUGGGUGGCUCAGCUUCUGACAAAACUCCACCCUUCAUUCUCUUCUUCUCAUUCCCCUUCCCCUUCACCUUCCCCUUCCCCUUUGCAUUCCCCUGCACUUCCCACAAACCUUUUACAAAUCUACCUGAAUGUAUGUCUGUUAUCAACCUAACGAGUUGUGGGUGUCAUCUUCACCCGGCCAAAUAGGAAACAUCUCUUCAAUUGAGUCCUUCAAAACUAUUCUCCUCACACGCACCUGCAACACCAGGUUAUAACAAAACUCAGCCUCCAAACUAACACAAAACUCAGCCAUCAACUAAAAUAAUUCAGCCGUCAUUUAACACAUAACUCAGGCAUCAAUUAACAUAAUUCAGCCGUAAUUUAAUACAUAACUCAGCCAUUAAGUAAGUACGAACUCAGCCAUCAAAUAAAUUAAUUCAGCGUUAAAUCUUACCUCGCCAUGCUUUUCGAUUUCGGAAGACAACAACUUAUCAAAGCUUGCACGUGUACACUUUCCACCCCAUCGCAAAAGCGGAACGUCUUCGUUAAUGAUCACUCUCCCAAAACUCUCACCGAAGCAUGUGACGGAUUCAUAAGCCCAAAUCAAUAAUGCGUCCUUCAUGCCGCUUAUUGUGUAUGAACCUCCAUCUGGAGCCAACGUUUUAAUAGAGUCAAUUAGAACUUCGUAUGCAGUCUGACUCCAUGGAUACGACCUCAUGGCUUCAUCGUAGAAUACCUUUAUUGCACUUUGAAAGGGUAUCCCUGAAUUGUGAUGCAAACAAUAGACUUCCAUGGCUUGAAGAAGUAGCAGCCCCAACCACUUGCGCUUUUCAAAACUCCAACGCGGACAGAACGCUAAUGCUGCCUUCAGUUCAUCUAACUUUGGUCCCAUCCCAAGUGGCACUUUCAACUCCCCCCAAAACUCGUUGUAUUGACUAGGAUCAAAUUUUUCUGUUGGCAAUGGACCUGUGUUUAGCCCAGUGAUCUCACCAAACUCGAGCAAGCUAAACCUGAUAGCCUCAUCAGCCACGAGACACCAUAUCUCCUUCUUUAUAACUCGCAGCUGUCUACACAGUAGAUAGUGCACGGUCCUACCAGACCACAUGCUUUUGCGUUCAGCUAGCCUAGCAACUACUCCAAUGGGAGAGUUCACCAGUUCUUCCCACACAUCAAGUCCUAUUGUUUCUCUAACGUGGGGGAAAUGCCCUGGAUGGAAAUUGUGAUUAAUCACUUUACCAUCUAGGUUAGAAGACCCUUCAGGGUAAAGUUUUGGUGGGUAAUCCCCUGAUUUAACUUCAGCAGCAUCCAUCUGAUCAUAUAAUCAAACAAUAAAAUCAGCUCCAACAAAACAGUAACUCAGCCGCAUCAUAAGAGUAACAAAAGCAUAACAUAACAUUACGUUAUUCACGACACAAAUAUAACUCAGCCAUAACAUAACCAUAACUCAGCCGCAGCAAAACCCUAACUCAGACGCAACGAAACCCCCAACAAAACAAAAUCACAGCCGCAACACAACCAUAUCUCAUUCGUAACCAUAUAUAAAUCAGAUAAAAUAUAAUACAUAACUGACCCACAAACUCAACAAAACACAAUAUAUAACGUCGCGAUAUCCUACCGGAAAGACGAACUCGUAGAUAGGAAUGCGGCGAAGAUGGCGGCAAAGAUGAUUUCUUAUAAACGAGUUCAGAAUUCUGUCGAUGACGAAGAGUGAGAGUAUCCUCGCGGAAGAGGAAGUUAACACAGACAAUGUCGACAGAGAGCUACUUCGACGAAGAGGAAGUUAACACAGACAAUGUCGAUGACGAAGAGUGGGAGAAGAGAUGGUUUUUUUUUUCUUCGACGGUUCCUUCUUCGAGACGAGAAAACAAUGUUCUUAGUUAGUUUUUUUUUUAAACUUCGAUUUAGUUAACUCAAGAGAAGAGACGGUUUAGUUUCUAUUGUGUUGGUGAUGUAUAAUUUUAAUUAGUGAUGUAGAUUAUAUGUUUAAAAAUAAUUUUAAUUUAAAAAAAUUAAGCAAAGACCCUUACAGUCAUUUACUAUGGGUGUCCAAACAUUCUAGUCAUUUUAAAAAGAUGUUCAACACUCUAGUAAUAAACCAACUUUUGUUAUACAUUCUAGUCAUUCGAAAAUUUGUCAAAAGACCAAAAACCUUAAAACAUCAACCUAAUUACAAACUCUACCAUUCAUACUUUAAACUUAAUCUUCUUCACUCUAUUACAAUUCUUAACUUAUGCAUCUCUCUUCUUCUCUCUAUUCUUUUUCUUCUCAAAUCUCUUCUCCUUCUCCUUCUCCUUCUUCCUCUUCAAAUCUCUCAAAAUCUCUUCUACAUUUUCUUUGAAUUUUCAUUGAUUUUUUGCUCCCCGUUAGAAAUAUGUUCUCUUCUCUUCUCCUUCUUGAAUCUCUUGUUUCUUCUUCUCAGAUAUGUUCUUCUUCUUCUUCGAAAUCUGUUUUCCUUCUCAGAUUUCAGAUCUCUUUUUCUUCAUUGAAAUAUUUUCGUCUUCUCAGAUUUCUUUUCUUCUUCAAAAUAUGUUCUCAUUCUCUCAGUUUUUCAACUUCUCUGCGAUUUCUUCUUUCUUUUUUAUUAGAAAAAAAAACCUAAAAAUCUUGAACUUUCAAAUUAAAGCUAAAAAAACCUUGAACUCAUGUUUGAACCAAAAAAAUAUUCCAACUUUCAAAUAUUGGUAAUUUUUACUCUCAUUUUUUGUUGACUAGGCCAUUUAAGAAACCAGAAAAAUCAAUUGUUAAACCUGUAAACGUUUGUUAACUCGCUAAACAUUGUCGUUUUAAAAACUGAUUAAACAUUAACGAAAUGAUGUUGUUUUACAUCUGUAAACAUUUAAAUCAUCCCCUCUUCCGCAAAACCUAAAUUUUCUAAUUCUCGAAUCUCUCAAUCUUCUAAUCUCCAAAAUCCAGAGCCAUUGAUAAUGCAAAGGAUGGUUAUGACGAUGGGGUUACUUGAUAUCACUCAAAUUACCAUAAGGAGUGAAUUACUCUUUCAAAUAAGAGGUUCAGAUGUAGUACUUAGGGAUCGAAUCUACUAGGAGCUAGAGAACAUAAUAAUUCUAAUCAUAUUUGUUAAGCUAGUUUGUUUAAUGUUUUUAAUGUAAAGUUGCAAGUUUUGUGAGCACGUAAUUGCUCGAUUGAUUGAUUGGGGGUUUUGGUGCUUAAAGGAAAUAGUUAGACUUAAGGUUUUUAUUCAGAAAAUUUAGAAUUAUAAUCCUAAAGAUGCUUAACAAGUUGCAUGCAUGAUAUCAUAGAGCUCAACACUUAAUAAAAAACCCUUAGACUUUCACUUUCUAGGUUUGUCUAUUGACCAGUGUCGAUCGAUUAUUCUAUAGGAAUUUCGAUAGAUAUACUUGUUGAAACGUCAACCGAUUAUUCUAUAGGAAUAUCGAUCGACGCGCUUGGUCAAGCGUUAAUGCAAUUGAAUAUGCUCACUAAGGUUACUAGAUCAGCUCUCGCUUAUUUUAGCAAGUCUUAGCUCAGUUAGAAUGGUUUCAGGAUGAGAUGAAAGUUAUCACUUAUAUCAAACAAUCCUAUGACAAUUUCUAGGUAGCUAAUCUAGAAUCAUGCAUUAAUGACAAUCCUAAAGAUUAAUAUCACAACUUAGCAAUCUAUAGUUGGGGCUAAUCUCUCAUAACCUAUUUAAACCAUAAGAUCUAACAAAAGAACUACUCAGACAUGGCUAUGCAAUUCAUAACAACAAUAAGGUAUAAAAACUACAUUAGAAUAAUAGAUAGAUAUUAAUGGAGUUCCAAUCACAAAUCUCUUUUGAUAUUCUCUCCAAUCUACUAAAAAUCCUAGAAAAUCUUUUCUGUCUAAAACAAUAAACAAGAAAGCACACUUUGCCUCUAACAUGUUGGCAAAGCUUAUAUAAUUAGGUUAAAACUCGUCAGGGAUAAUCUUGUAAAUUGGUGAAGACUUGGGCUCUAAGUCGGCUGAGGCCAAACGGGCUUUCUGCGCGCUUCGCUGUCGAUCGAUGUUAAGAUGUGAACAUCGAUCAAUUAUUCCUCUUCAAUAUCGACCGAUGGUCGAGCUCGAUGGUCAUCUUGGGUGCUUACUCCAAAUAUCUCCAAAAUGCUCUAAAAUCAUUAUUUUUUCCAAAUCACUCCUGAUCCUAUAAAUAUUUUAAAUAGACUCUAUAAUAUAAUAAUUAAUAGUUAAAAUACUUAUAAACCAUGAGUAAAAGUAGGUCAAAUCCAUGGUCUAUCAACUCCCCCAGACUUACCAUUUUGCUCGCCUCAAGCAAAACAAACAUGCAGUCUCUCUGAAAGAGGUUUGAAAACAGCAGGGACUCACAUGAUUUAAAACUUAGAAUCAUCACCUCUACAAUAUUGCAAUCCACAUCUAAGAAUUCCUAAUCACAAAAGCACAUUAUACCAUAUCCUAGCUUAGUAACAAAAUACACCUAGCUAACAACUUAGCAAAUCUUGUCCGACAUUCCCCUCUACCAACCUCAUUUCUUAGCAUAAAUAAAAGUGCAGGCUUUACCUUGGGAGUAUCGAUCACAUGAUGCAAUGAUUUUCAAACAAGUAUCUGGACCUGCAGGUAAACAUUAGUUCCUAUCCUCUCUCUCUACUAAUUUUCUCUCUUAGUCAAAUCUGCUUAUAUUUGCAAGAUCACUGACCAAGAUUGGACAUGCUUCCAUGAAUCAAACCUUAAUGGUCGGUGCCACCAAGUCCUGUUCACUUCUUUUUGACCUAUAUCCUAGGAUUAUUUGUGAAACAAGCCUUAAUGGUUGUAGCCACCAAGUCAUGUUCUAAUCCUUUACCUAUAGAAUUCUUAUGAAGCAAGCCUUAAUGGUUGUAGCCACCAAGUCCUGUUCAUAUUUCUUCCUAAUAAAUCUCUAAUAGAUAUGUAUAUAUAUAUAUAUAAUUUUUAUUUUUAUUUUUAAUAUCUCGAAAAUAGAGAGAGAGAGAGAGAGAGAGAGAGAGAGAGAGAGAGAGAGAGAGAGAGAGAGAGAGAGAGGAGAGAGAGAGAGAGGAGAGAGGAGAGAGAGAGAGAGACGAGAGAGAGGGUGAUAAAUAUAUAUACAUAAGGCUUUACCUUCCAGACUUGUUUGAAGAAUCCGAACCCAUGUAUACCAAGCUCCAAGACAAACAGCUGUGUCAAGUUUUAGUGUUGGAGGUCAGCUUUGGUUCCUUCAAACAAUCUCAGCAAGUUUAACAUAGUUGACAAGUUGAUCCACUUUAGUAUCUUUAGUACUAUCUGGUGCUAAAGAGUGGUUAGAUAACAAACAAAAAUCUAAUAAGUUCAUUAUCCCCUUCUUGACUUAAUAAAAACUUUAUGUUUGAAAAUAUUUUUAAAAUUCAUGAAUAAACUAACAUUAGUAAACCUUCCCAGACUUAAACUACACUGUCCCAAGUGUAAACUUAGUGGGAGUUAUGGUGAUAAUUAAAUCAUAAGUACUAUGGAAACCUAAAUUCCCACUGUCGAUUUCCGUUUAAAUAAGGAAACUAGGAAAACCCUAAUUUCCCAAAGGACCUGGAUAUCUGCUAAUAUCACAAGUCAAGCAAUAAGAACGCGAGAAAAACAACGAUAAAGUAUAAGAAAUCGAAAA